GGAUAGAGUUUAAUAAGUAUGAGACCACAGUAGCGGCCCGUCGAAAGUCAGCGAGUGAGUUCGCUACUGAAGGUCUACUACCAGCACUUGCCACGUGGGGACAGCAUACACUUGGGAUGGACAACGGUCAGUGUGUCGUGACCUUCAAUAUCCCUGUACAACAUUAUGGUCAAUUGAAGGGUCGUUUGAUCCUACAACCAUCCCCAGCGGAUGCAGUUCCUCUAUGUGUGGUUAUGUCUCGGGAAGCUGAUCGCCUCAAGUACUCUAACAAAGAGUUGAAUAAAAAAGUGCAGGAGAUGGAGGUCCAACUAGAGGUCCUCAAAGUUGAUCGCGCCUCAGCAUCCACCUCUGCUGGGGAGUCAGCAGUAGUAGUCGGAGCGAAGCGGAGGCUACUAGAUGACUCUGGUGGUACACCGAUGACGCAGUCCUCUACGAAGAAAGCUAAAGACGAAUGA